GGCGCGUGCACUAUCUGCGCAUGUUUUCAUCUACUCACGCAGGGGUGUGGGGAUGGUUGCCUUCACUAACGUGAGUAAACGCGCGAGGUUGCACGAGACUUUGUCUACUGCUGCUGUUUGAUUCGGCAAUGUUUUCUCUGUCGGAUUUGUAAGAUCGGAUUAUUUGAAUUAAGAAGUCACGUCACGUGAUUCUAAAUGGCCGCCAUUUUACCGGAUGUGACGAGCUGUGGCUCCAGAAACCACGUGAGUCCCCACCAUCUGAAUGAAUACAACAAUGGUCCCUUUGGUCCCCGGUGCCUCAAAUGUUGUGAUAACUGCCCAGGACUAGAUCUUCAUUAUUUCAGAAAAAUCUGCAAAAAUUGUCGCUGUUUAGCAGAAGACCACGACAUUCCCUCCUGUCAGCAACGAGACUAUCGUCCAAUGAGCAUGCUCUUUCAGUCAUGUGACUCGCCGCCAGCGCCCCCUGAUCUCAAACCUGAUUGGACGACAAGUUUCCAAAAGCUGACCAUAACAGACCCCAGUGACAUUACACAGCUGAAGGCGCCACAGAACGAUGUCGUCAUGACCAAACUCAUCAGUGAAAACGUGAGAUCUCAAAAGUUUAUUUCCAUGCUGCCCGAGGACAAGCAAGAGUUCGCAUCCCAGCUGCGCCGGAAACAGCUCCAGCGACAACUUCCGCUCCAUGACCUUGACCCCCGCUUCUGCAACAGUCUGGCGGCCUCGGAGGUCGUCAAGUACGAAAAGUUUGCCGAGAGGAGACGGAAGAAAGCGGCUGGGAUUGGUCAGAUCGGAGAAGUGACAUCAACAGGCUCCAUUGUGGGCUGUCACAGCUGCCAGCAGAAGAUGGAGACGGGGGGUCCGGCGGUCAUCGCCAGCAAGGUACCAGGCGAGUGCUGGCACCCCGGCUGUUUCGUGUGCCUGACCUGCCGGCAGCUGCUGGUCGAUAUGAUCUACUUCAGCAAGAAGGGACACGUCUACUGCGAGAGGCACUACGCCGACCUGCUCUACCCAAGGUGCUCGGCCUGCGACGAGAUUAUUUUUUCCCGCGAGUACACGCAGGCUGAGGGACGCUCGUGGCACGUGCAUCACUUCUGCUGCUGGUACUGCGACGCCACCCUGGCGGGCCAGAGGUACAUAGCCAAGGACAACAACCCCUACUGUGUCACGUGCUUCGAUAAACUCUUCAGUAAAAUCUGCAGCACGUGCCAGCGCCCCAUUACGGCUGAUGCCCCGGGGGUCACUCACGGGGAGUUGCACUGGCAUGCGUGUCCACAUUGUUUCAGCUGUCAUUCGUGUGGCCGGAACCUACUCAAUCAGCCGUUCCUGCUGAAGGAAGGAAAACUGUUUUGUGGCAUGAACUGUCGACAUUUAUCUGGCCCAGCCUGCUAUACGGCCUCUAUUGCCAGACAGUUCACCCAGUGACAGGCUUGCCACAUUGGACCAGAACUUUUGUUCACUUAAUUUAUUUAGUCCGCCCCACACAAGUGCCCAGAGAUUAGUUUCUUCCAUUGUAUAAUUACAGAGACAAUAACUGUGUAUUAUUUUUUGAUGAAUGUUUUUUAUCUUGACUUAUAGUUAAUUAGAUUAACUAAUUAAUUAAUCAAAGUAGUCUUGUAAUGUCUGAAAUGGUAUACAGAGCCGUUUCUCUUAUUAAUAUUUAUAUCUUAUAAAUAUUAAAAAGAUUGAAUAAGAUUUAAUAUUUAAUUGUGUAUGUGGUUUUGCAUGUGUGUGUGUGUGUGUGUUAGGUGGAGGAUAAAGUUGUGUGUGUUUUGGUUUGUACUAAUUACAAGUCAGUAAUUGCCAAUCAGCAACUGCAACUACAGCUUUUGGUACAACUUUAGUUGGGUACACAUAUCUUGUAUUUGAGUAUCUAACGAUUCUCAUAAGCGUCCCUAUCGCCAAGUUUUUAUUUCUACAUUUUCCUAGUGCCAUAUAGACAGAUAUGUGAUGUCAUGGUGACAUUGGAUGUCAUGGUGACAUGUCAUGCCUUUAUUUUGAGAAAAUGUCUCUAUCUAUUGUACCAUGUCUGUAAAAACUUUGAGUAAUAUUUCGGGUUGUGCUAAACAUACAAUUUUUCCACUUAACUUAGCAGCCUUUGAUAUACAACAGAUAUUUGAUAUACAACAUACGUUUGAUAUAUUUUAUAUUCAAAAACUUUGACGUAUUACAGAUAUUUUAUAUGUAACAAACAUUUGAUAUACGCUACAGCAGACAUUUGAUAUACCACUGGUGACGUGUAUAGUGCUAUCAGAGUUUGACAAUAGAUUAUUCAGAAAUUAUGUGCGUGGCGAUAAAAAUUUGGUAAGAAUUUCUAGGUCUUUCGCUAGCGUUUGGCUUUGGAAUAGACUAGAGUUAGGAUUUUUUUUUUCAUUGUUUACAAUCAUUUUUAUUUGACACCCCAAACUUCUUCAAAUGCAUUACAAACUUUUGCAGCAGAAAGAGGAUAAUUACUAUACCAAAAACAGCAGGCCUAUCC